UUUGUAUAACACAGGCACUACGCAAUGCAGUGAACAAAAAGAGUAUAACAAAGCCGCAGAUGCUGAAUCGAUAGCACUUAUUCAUGUAUGCAAAGCUUACGUUAAACACGGUAUUACAUACACCAGGAUAUAGAUGGCAAGCAAAGGUCUGGGCUCACAUGAGUCUUUUUGCGGCAUGUACGUGUAUUUAUCCUCUGCACAGGGUGUCUGGUGGACCAAAAAUUGUGUCGUUUCUUCAAUCAUAGUCCAGUCAUCUGGUUAGGCCACUGCGUAAUUAGAAUAGGUGUAACAUCAGUGGGUGUGGCGCAAGAACAACCAAUGUUUUAAGUGAGAACAUCUACAUGUAUUCUUUGGAAGGACAUGUGAUGGCAUUACAACCUGCAUCUUUAACUAAACUUGGAAUCCGGAACUCCUGUAAAGGAUUGGGCUUCUGCGUCCGUUUUAGAUUUAUGUUUUUAGCUGCCUUAUUGGGCGUGGUCUGCGUUGCCUUACUUUAUAAUAGUAACUUCACAAAAGACAAACCUGUGUUCAUGAGACGUGAACAGGUUAAGAAGAAAAGCAUACAGCCAGUCGUAACAAAACAAUGGUUCAUGCCAAAUAUAACAACAGAAAUGUAUAUUCUGUCUGCAUACUAUGACGAUAGGCCUACCAUAGACCCGAAGACCAGACCCGCUAUUCGCAUUAUAGGUAUGGCAGACAAGAAUAAAGUUGAAAAAGAAAAGUUCUCAUGUAUUGUGACUUUUGAGGGGUUGAAAAAUUCCAUUUUGCAACCAAUGGCAGUUACCGAGAUUGGCACUGGGGGUGGAUGUCACGGAAAACACUUUCGGGAGUACAUAUUUGUGUGUGCGCCUAUAAAAUUCACCGCCAAAAAAGCUAUUUUCGUCUCCGUCGUUGAUCAAACUUACUUAAAUCAAAACAAUUGGGAAUCACACGAGCACGUACGCAUACCCGUUCGAUAUCCUAGUAGAGAGAAUAAAGUGGACUUUGGGAGUUGCGUCAGCAUUACGUUCUGGACGCUCGAUCCUUAUAGAAUAGUAGAGUGGGUGGAGCUUCACAAACUCUGGGGAGUGAAGGAAAUCAAUAUUUACGGCAGCAUGAUGAAUGAAACCACGGAGAGGGUGUUCUUAUACUAUCACCAGCAGGGGAUCUUAACUUAUACAAGGAUGCUCAGGUCGAUGAAUGAGAGCGGAGAACUUGUGUUGAAUCUCAUGGGUACGCCCGUGCUCAAUGACUGUAUGUAUAGAAACAUGUACAGGUAUGAAAAAAUAGUCGUCACAGACUUAGACGAAAUGAUAGUUCCUCGUGGAAAUAUGAUGACUUAUUCUGAACUUAUAGACGCCAUCGAAAAGGAGACCAAACCAAGGCAUCCACAUCGCAUGUAUAACUUCAGAAAUGUGUAUUACUUUUCUGAACUACCACAGAAUACGUCAGAGCCACAAGUCACGUUAACGUUACGUCAGAUCUACCAUUUGAGAGAAUUAACGCCAGUUGGGACGUCAACUAAAAGUAUCAUUGAUCCCAUGGCUUGCAGAAAUGUACAUAAUCAUUACUGCUGGAAAAUUGCAGAAACGUUUGAAAAAACCCGCCAUUCGAUUCACGUGCAUGAAAAGUUUGGAAUGAAUCAACACUACAAAAAAUGUCAUUUUGAUAAAUAUGCCACUGCCUAUCAUCUGCCUCCUUGUAAAGAAGCUCUGAAGAAUUAUACCUAUGAUCCCACCAUGUUAAAAUUUAAAACCAAUCUAUUACGCAAUAUAGAAAAACCACUUAAAGAUCUGCAGUUGAUUAAAGGGGGUCAAAUAUAUCAUUUUUAGAUACAUCAUCAAUUCUGAUUUAGACCUCCUUCCACUUGGAGAUUUAGGAAUUGAUAGAAAGCUCAUUUCAUACGAACUAUUUACACAUUUUACAUACGCCGUGUAAAUCAAUAAAAUUGCAGACAUGCGUUUUUGUUUUGAAUAUACUUUCGAAUAUUUGUCAUUACCGCCACACACU